CGGACAUUGAUCUACCACCACCCUCUCAUCCACUCUCUAAAAUUUGCACAGGAGCUGUGCUCUGAAAGCUCUUGCUGCCCUCAAAAUGUUUUCAUCCUCUAUAUGCCGUAUGGCCCGAGCGCCAACGGUGAGUCUUCCGGCCGUGGCGCCGCGCCCAUGCACCAUCGUCCUCGCAAGCUCCGCCAGUAAUCUCUCCACUCCUCGAACCCAGCAGCGGCGAUAUUCGUCUUCCAAACCUCCAGUUCCUCCUAGUGAUGGCUCCAGAGGCUUCGAUGCUUCCUCACAGACCCCAGCCAAAAGCGUAAGCCCGUCCAAAAAGGAUGAAACUGAGAAACGAUCGAAACGCCGGGCAAAGGAAAAUAAAUCGAAACCGAAGAACACAUUGAACCUUCCUAGUGUUCCUUCUACUCAGCAUUUACACCCUCAAGAUAUCCAUGUCGCCUCUUUCUUUUCUAUUCACCGUCCAAUGUCUGUAACCACGACUGUACCUCCGGCAUCAACCUCCGAAGCAUUCUCUACCAUUUUUUCAGCGAAGAAACAAGCGAAAGCUCGGCAAAACGACGUAAUCUACACGAUAGCUUCGGCUGUAAACGUUAUUGAGAACGCCAUUCCCAGACACCAGCAAUCGACGGAGGAUAGCGAUCUUAGAGCGGCUGUAACCCAAGCGUCUGCUAGCAACGCAGAGCCCGAUGUUACCCAUCUCGACGGUGUGCCCAUGCAAGAUCUGAGAAUAUCUGUGCAAGAAUUCGCCAAGCGGCUAAGACCUUUCAAUCCACCCCCACCGCCCGUUCCUAUGGAUGAAGCCCAGCAGGCCAAAAUCAUGGAUGUUGAGGCCGAAGGUACCGAGAGUGAGCAGAGCUAUUCUACCGUCCUAACGAUACGCGAAUCCAGCCACGCGGACGGUUCGAAGAGCUACCAAGCGUACACAACGCCAUUCGUCCGUGUGACAGAUAUGGAGGCGCCAUCGGGAACCGAGACAGAAGCUAUGGGAGAGCAACACACCCCCGAAUCUGCUAGAUUACCAAGUCGUUUCCUCGAUAGAAUGCGAAUCCGACAGUUGAAGUGGGAAGCUUUCAUGGAGCGGAGAAACAGAACCAUGUACGCCAUCAGCGUUAAGAGACAGCGAAAACUCAAGAUCAAGAAACACAAAUAUAAGAAACUGAUGCGGAAGACGCGGACUUUGAGACGCAGACUUGAUAAGAAUUGAUGAAGUCAGUCUUCCACUGGAAUCUCUGGGGCAUAUUGGCGUGUUGAGUUUCCGGGUUGUCUUUUGAUUUGUUUGAUUCCUGGUGUCUCCUUUUUUUUCUUGACUACUCUUCCCCGUACCUCUCAGAAUAGUUGGCAUUAUUGUUAAUUCAUGCAUCUCUUUUUCUCCCAUUUGGCUCUAUUGCAGGCUGUGCUUUCAUUUUCCCCGCGCGUCCAUCUCCAUUUCUGCUUUCCGUCGACAAGGUAAUCAAAGCCAGCUAGACUAUAUACAGCCCUAGACGUCUCGAGGCGACGCUUGCAGCUCAUCCAAAGUCUUAUUCUUCGUCUAUCCGAUCUCGCCUUUCCAAGCAUUUAUACAUAGAUUCAAUCAAU